CCCUCGAGGUCUCGGCGAGCGGGCGCCGCAGCCCAUUGUGCGCCCCACUCGGCGCGCUCUGCCGCAGAGGAGCUCCGGGCCGGACGCGCCGAGCCGACUCUCCCUAGGCCGGGCCGCGGCGCCCGCUCUAGUCCAGCCGAGCCCGAGCUUCUCGGACCAAUCCCCGGUGAUUAUGCAAGAGAGCCGACCAAUCAGCUCCACCAGCUCAUGAAUAUUUAUGACCUUGGCUGAGUCAAAGCUUUGAACCGAGUUUGGGGAGCUCGGCAGCAUCAUGCUUAGACUUUUCAAAGAGACAAACUCCAUUUUCUUAUGAAUGGAAAGUGAAAAUCCCUGUUCCGCUUAAAUUGGGUUCCUUCCUGUCCUGAGAAACAUAGAGACCCCCAAAAGGGAAGCAGAGGAAAGACCCACACUCAGACCCCGCGAGAAGAGAUGACCAUGACCACCAUGCCAGAAAGUCUCAACAGCCCCGUGUCGGGCAAGGCGGUGUUCAUGGAGUUUGGGCCGCCCAACCAGCAAAUGUCUCCUUCUCCCAUGUCUCACGGGCACUACUCCAUGCACUGUUUACACUCGGCGGGCCACUCGCAGCCCGACGGUGCCUACAGCUCGGCCUCGUCCUUCUCCCGACCGCUGGGCUACCCCUACGUCAACUCGGUCAGCAGCCACGCGUCCAGCCCCUACAUCAGUUCCGUGCAGUCCUACCCCGGCAGCGCCAGCCUCGCCCAGAGCCGCCUGGAGGACCCAGGUCAAGAUCUGGUUCCAGAACAAACGCUCCAAAUUCAAGAAGCUGAUGAAGCAGGGUGGGGCGGCUCUGGAGGGCAGCGCGCUGGCCAACGGCCGGGCCCUGUCCGCCGGCUCCCCGCCGGUCCCGCCCGGCUGGAAUCCCAGCUCUUCGUCCGGGAAGAGCUCGGGCAGCAGCGCCGGCUCCUACGUCCCCAGCUACACGUCCUGGUACCCCUCAGCGCACCCAGAAGCUAUGCAGCAGUCUCAGCUCAUGUGAGCUCGUCCGUCCGCACUCACCCGCCUCCGUCCCGUCUCUCUCGGCCCGGCCCCACCCGCCUCCAAGCCCAGCCACCCCUCCGAGGGCCCUGGGCCGGGAGAAGGGCCCGGAGCAGGGCCCGGAGCUGAGGGGGGAAAGAGAAAAGAAAGAGGAACAGUUAAGGCAGAGGGCUUGCGGCCUCCUCGCAGCCCCUGAAGGUCUGGCCCAGCGACUUUCCAGUUCUCGGCCUGAACCUGGCCUGGGCUGUGGUGACGGCAGAGUGGCCUGAAAGCGGGCACGGCCGCUGGAGACAGGCCAGAGCGAAAAGACAACCCGCUGGGCCAGAGCAGACUCACAGCUUCGUGAGACCAUCAGGAAAAAAUAUAUAUAUGUAGGAGGGAAAAAUAUGCUCUUUUUUUUUUUUUUUUCUCGGUUCUGUCCGUCUUUGUCUCCUUUCUGCACUGUCUGCGCGCUGAGUCAAAGUCCUCCUGUGUCUGCUGUCCUCAUCCUGCGGCUUCUCCAAAAAUCACCAGGCCUGAGCCACACCCGGUCGGCGGGCGGCCCAUCACCGACUCCUGGAAGGCUUUGUCUUUUAUGGUCUUCUUCAGGGCCCUGCUUGACCGUCUGUGUAGUUUGUUUGGGAAAUGGGGGAAAUCAGAGGGAGGGGGGUUAAUUUAUUGAAAAACAGACUUCGUCUGACGCUGAGUGUUGGCCAAUUCCAAGUCCUCUGGGGCAUGGAGUGGGCACUGCCCAGACCUACUGUUUACCUUAAAUACAGCAGACAAGGGAGCAAGGAGGGCAGAGUGGUCUUAAAGGAACACCGUAACUUUUGUACUUUGCUGGAAUGGAGAAGCGGAAGCAGAGCAAUUUGCAUUUUACACUCUCCAAAUUAUUAAAAACAAACAAAUAACAAAAGAAAGAACGAAGUGACGAGAGAUAAGUAAGGCCAACGGAAUUUUGCCAGGACCUCUUGGAGAAGAACAUCCAGCAAAGAAGAAGAAGGAAAAAGAAAUAAAUCAUACUUUGGGCAGCAAGAGAGAGGACCAAUGGGCCUUGGAGAGAAAAGAAUUUGUCCUGUGUGAGCACCCCAAUUCCAGGCCGCUUUAAAGUAAGACAUAAGCAGCUUUAAAUGAUCCCCAGUGGCUCAGAGCACAAGUCAUCAUCCCGGACGCACGGUCUCUGGUGCAGGUUCUAAUUGCUGUACAUAUUAUUAUUAUUAUUGUUAUUAUUAUUAUUAUUAAUGAUUAUUAUUGUUCCGUAAACAUGUUGCACAGCUUAGCCUCUUUCCGUUCUGUCGUGUGUGGCUGUGAACCCGAUGCUUUGUGAAAUGAGAAUCUUGACAUUCUCCUUGUGAAAUUUGGAAAAUGUGACCAACUGAGAUCAACCGUGUUUUGUGUUCUCUAUGUCAAAGUUUAGUUUUAUAUUGAGAAUGUUAACUUAUUGCUUUGUAUCGGGGGGGGGGGGGGGGAGGCGAGGGAAACUUUGUAAAUAAGUUAUAAAGUUUCUUUGAGACAGUAAAAUUAUGGUUUCAA